AUGUGUCUCGCACAAGAAAAUAAAAAAUCAGUGGCGAUCAUUGGCUGUGGAGCAGCUGGAUUAGCAGCUCUUAAACACUUUACAGCUGAAGGAUCUCCGUUCAAAUGUGUGUCAUUUGAACAGACUGAUAAUGUUGGUGGUACUUGGGUAUACACUGACAGAGUAGGCAAAGACAAAUAUGGCUUACCAGUUCAUUCGAGCAUGUACAAAAGUUUAAGAACGAAUUUGCCUAAAGAAAUCAUGGAACUUCAGGGAUUUCCCCAUAAAGGUCCUGAAGACAAAUCAUACGUGGCGGCCAACGAAAUGCUAAAAUACUUGGAAGACUACGCAGACCAUUUUGACUUAAAGAAACAUAUCAAGUUCCAUCAUCAUGUAAAGGAAAUUAGUCCUUUAGAGGGGGAUCGUUGGCGUGUGACUGUAAUUGACUUGCAAGAAAAUAAUGUGGAAAUAUUGGAAUUUGAUGGAGUUGUUGUUUGUAUCGGCAAUUACAGUAAUCCAGCAGUCCCUGAGGUUCCUGGAAUAGAGAAAUUUCGCGGAAUGAAAAUUCAUAGCCAUGAUUACAGAGAUUCUUCAGUAUUUAAGGACAAAAAUACUGUGGUGAUUGGUUGUGGUCCCUCCGGAUUAGAUAUAUCAUUUGAUAUUGCAAAAGUCGCAGAAAAAGUUUACCUGAGUCACCACAACCAGCGUGUUAAAAACAUGAAAUUUCCAUCAAAUAUGGUUCAGAAAAUUGAUAUUAAAGAAGUAGUAGAAAAUGGAAUAGUUUUCCAAGAUGGAUCUUAUGAACAAGUUGAUUCGAUUUUAUAUUGCACGGGAUACAACUAUAAGUACCCAUUUCUGAGCCCUGAAUGUGGCAUUCGCGUAGAGAACAAUCAUGUAAAGCCACUUUUUAAGCAUAUUCUGAACAUUGAACACCCUACAAUGUACUUCAUUGGAAUUCCAACCAACACCGCUGGUUUCUGUAUGAUUGAUUUACAGGUACAAUUUGCCAAAACAUUUUUAGAAGGGCGAGUGAAAUUGCCAAGUAAGGAAGAAAUGAUUGAAGAUACACGCCUAGACGUAGAGUCAAGAUUAGCAAGUGGAUUACGACCUAAAGAACUACACAUGAUGGGUCGUAGGUCAAAGGAUUAUUACGAUUCACUGGCAUCUUUAUCUGGACUGGAAUCAGUGUCACCCGUUGUUCUACAAAUCUACUUUGAUGGAAUUGAUAGAUUUAUGUGUGAUUUCUCACACUUCAGAGAAGACAAGUACAAAUUACUGGAUAAAGAUCAUUACAUGGUUCAAUUUCCAAAUGAAGAUGAACCAGUAAUGAGGAGACAAGAGAUUGUUUCAAAUUAA